AUGUUAGGAGAGCAGAUUCGUCAGGGAUUCAGUCCUCUAUUAGCUGUUCUUACAUCAGAUGCUGUGGAACGUAUUGCUGCUAAGAGUAAUCUUAGCUUCACUGAUUUACUUUUGCCGUUUGCUACUGUUAAUUGCACAUUAAAGGAUCCUUCGGGCUCAUCGAUAACAUCACGCAUAUUCUUUGAUUUCCGAGAUCUUCAACGAGACGGAUUCCUUCUAAGUUUAACUGUUUUGCCUUCUGUUUUACAUGAAGCUGCAUCGUCGGUUGCAUCCACAUCGGAUUCCGACCCCGAACUUGCUUCUGUUGCUUUCAGUGAAACUUUGCUGAAAUGGUCCGAGCCGGCAGAGCACGAAUUCCUUCGAACUUACCUUGGUUGCAUCUUUGUCGUAUCUACCGAUGACGAAAAUCCUGUGGAAGAAUUAUCGCGAUUGAUUGAUAUUCAGUAUCAGCAACAGUAUGGACAGAACGCUUUUGCUAUUGGGCCAGCGUACUGUGCAAUGCCGAGAUGGAUGCUUCCAAAUAUUUUCAAGUAUUUCUUAAUUGUAGACGAUGAAUCGUCAGGAAAUGGAUCGUCGAGGUGA